GAAGUGACCAACUACUGUUUAUGUCAGGUGUUUAUGUUUACGUGGAAGAGGUUAUGUGUUAUGUUAUGUUUUUUGAUGGUUUUCUGUCUUUCUGGUUGGCUUUAGGUUUUAGCACAGUAUUUAGCCAGUUUUGAGUUUACAAUUCAAAAUCUCCAAUACUAGAAAGCCUCUAAAAUGUUCGAAAUAACAGAUACACAGAAAAUUGGAGUGGGCCUUUCAGCAUUUGGAAUUUUUUUUAUAUUCCUUGGAGUUAUGCUGCUACUUGAUAGGAGUCUAUUGGCAUUAGGAAAUAUAUUAUUCAUAGCUGGUUUAGCAUGUGUUAUAGGCAGAGAAAGAACAUUCAGAUUUUUCUUUCAAAGGCACAAAGCGAAAGGUUCUAUUGCCUUCUUUGGUGGCAUAUUUUUAGUGCUGAUCAAAUGGCCAUUAUUUGGAAUGAUAGCUGAAACUUAUGGUUUUAUUUUGUUGUUUAGUGGAUUUUUCCCAGUUGCCAUUAAUUUUUUGAGGAGGGUGCCGAUAUUGGGUACACUUUUAAGUUUGCCAGGAAUUGGUAGUUUGAUAGACUGGUUGGAGACUCAACCCGGACAAGAGUGUGAAAAGCUAUGAACUCAAGUACCUACAGUUUUAGAAUAAGUGGUGUGAUAAUCAGUAUCUGAUAAUAUAAGUAUAGGUAUUCAUUGUAUUUUCCAUUGGUUUUCCAUGUUCAUAAUAAUCACGACAUAAUCAUUGUACAUUUUUUUGUAAUAAAAUUGUCCUACUCAAAAUACAAAAUAUACAUUUUCACAA